AUGACGCCCGCCUUCUCGCCUGCGCCACAGCCCGAUCGGCGACCGCACCGAGUCUGUGAGCCUCGCCCCGCGACGUCGGCCUCUCCUUCCUCUGCCGCCGGCUCGCUUCUCGCCUUCAAUGCCUCUCGGCUGUCCUCUGGGUUCCCGCCGCGGGCUGCCGGAGAUGCCGCGCGACGGGGGUGUUCUGCGAAACGGGGCGACACCAGUGGAGGAUCUGUCGCUUCUCCAGAAGACGCCGAAACGGAGUGUGUUUGCUUUUUAGCAGAGGCUUCUCGAUUCGCGCAUGCAGUCACUGCAUUCGCCCGCUCCCAUUCGGCGUCAGAGAGGGCGUCUCCAGGCGACCUCGCUGCGCAACUCCCUGGUGCACAGGAAGCAGGUGGGGACGGCGAAGAUGAGGAAGACCCGACUGUCUCCCGCGCAAAGGCCAUUCAGCUCCUCCUGGCUCUACAAGCGGUGUACGACACGACUGAGGAUCUUCUGUCCACAGAAUGGAAAGCGCGCGGUCAGCACCCUACCGCAGAUCCUGACCUCUGUGCAGAGACGUUCAAGGCACUACAGACUGCUGCUGAGGCGCUGGAGGGUUGCUCACUCCUCUCGCAGUGUGGGCUGCCUCGUUUUCCUCUCUCUCGGGCUGAUCCGGAUUUGUCUUUCGAAGUGACGCCGGAGAAGGCAAAGACGUCAACCGCUUCGUCCCCGCGCCCGAAUCGUUCUUCCCUCGGCGUCCUCGUGGCGGCUGAGGUUUCUAGCUUUGAACUGACAGAUGACAUUUUGGAGCUGUGGGCACGAGACGGUCCAAACACAGACGAUGAAGGACACUCAGAAGAGAGAGAAGGGACGGACAGAACGACGGUCGAGAAGAACUCGCUGUCUUGCAUGGCUCCGCCAGGUAGCCUGGACGCGAAGGAGCGGGAAGCCCCGAAAAUGCAUGCAGACGCGAACUCUGCCCCGGUCGACCUCCUGGCGCCUUCUUCGCCUGGAGGGGACGAGAGUCGGCACGGGACUGCAGCGAGUGAAAGGCGCGCUCUGUUUUCGUCGACAAGUUUUGCGGGUCCGAGAGUCCGGCUACGACGGCGCGCGCAGAGGGCCUCUACGAGGGUUCGAUUCGGUGGCCCGAGUGCUGACUCGGCAGAUUUAACCGCCAAAGAGGAAGAAGAUCUCGAGCAGGAAUUGCUCGAUUUCGCUCAAGAGAUGAAGGACGAGGCGACCAGAUACGGCGAAGUCAUCCAACGGGACCGUGACCGUCUCCAGCGCACGGGCGAAGCUCAGCAACGUCACCUGGAUAAGACGCAUGCAGCGAUGAGAGAUACGAAGAGCUUGAUUUACGGGAGCGGCUUCGGCUUCUUUUACGCGAUGGUCCUGCUUGUGAUUGGCUGUAUCCUCUUUGUUCUGAUGCUGACGUUCAUCCUCUUCACCUCCGGGUGA